AUGUACUCAAACGGACAACAAUAUAAUUACGCUUAUGACCCAAAUCAAUACCAGUAUCAACAACCCAUGUACAAUGCUCCACCGCCUCCUCCUCAACAAUAUUAUCAGUACGAACCAGAUCCAAUUUACCAAUCAUACAGUAGUGAUCCAUAUUAUGGAACUCAAGUGGCGUACGAAGCGUACCCUCCCCCUCCACAAGAAUCUUCCUACAGUUAUGGGAAACGUAAGGCACUUCUAAUAGGAAUAAAUUAUUUUGGUUCCAGAAACCAAUUAAGCGGAUGCAUCAAUGAUACCCAAAAUAUGUAUAAUUUCUUAGUUCAAAGAUACGGAUAUUCACCAGAUGAUAUCGUUAGACUUACAGAUGAUCAAGCAAACCCAGUUUGUGUACCGACCAGAUAUAACAUGUUAAGAGCAAUGAGUUGGCUUGUUAAAGAUGUUCAACCUGGUGAUCAUCUGUUCUUACAUUAUUCAGGGCAUGGUGGUCAAACACCAGAUUUAGAUGGAGAUGAAGAAGAUGGAAUGGAUGACGUGAUUUAUCCUGUGGAUUUCGAAACGCAAGGGUUCAUUGUCGAUGACCUGAUGCAUGAUAUUAUGGUUAGACCAUUGAUGCAAGGUGUGACAUUUACUGCGUUGUUCGAUUCUUGUCAUUCUGGUACAGUUUUGGAUUUACCAUUUACAUAUUCUACAAAAGGUGUGAUAAAGGAACCUAACAUGUGGAAAAAUAUUGGAUCAAGUGGGUUGGGAGCUGCAAUGGCAUACGCAACAGGUAAUACAUCGGAUUUGUUAGGUUCUUUAAGAUCUAUAGGUAAUACUGUAGGUGGGGGGAAUAAUGGUUAUGAUCGCCAACGUGUUAUUCAAAUGAAGUUUUCUCCUGCAGAUAUAAUUAUGUUAUCAGGUUCGAAAGAUAAUCAAACAUCUGCAGAUACGUUUGAGGAUGGACAGAAUAUUGGUGCUAUGUCCCAUGCUUUCAUCAAAGUGAUGUCCUACCAACCACAACAAAGUUAUCUCUCUCUAUUACAAAAUAUUAGAGCAGAACUAAUGAAUAAAUAUUCACAAAGACCACAACUAUCUACAUCUCACCCAAUUGAUAUAAACGCAGCAUUUAAUAUAUAA